CGCCUCUCGUCUCGCCUCUCGAAUCUCUCGGGAAAAGUAGUACAAAAUUAAAAAUGCAAAGUUCAGCAGCCAAGAGCGAGCCAACGACAGUAACCGGCAGCUGAAUACAGGGCACGGUUACUCAGACAUACGGUAGCCACUCUUACCGCUCUUAUUAGCCACUCUUAUUCCACUAUGCACUACUAGUAACACAAGCUUAAGAUGUUGCGUAAAUAUGUCAAGGUUUAAGUAGGUCCACAAAUAUUGAGUGUGUGAUGCCACUAUCACCCGGAACCACUCCAAAACUAUCAUAUUGACACCGUGCAAUUCGACACUGGGAUACCACUCUCAUAUAGCAACAUGGCGGACGAAAACGAUAGGCAAAGCCGUCAGCAUGGCGCUAUAUCCCUAGCUACUACCCGUCACAUUGUACCAAAUCUUAGGGAACAUGAAAACUACUGCUCUACUGAGCGUAAAACCACCGAAACAGUGUCGUCUACGAACACAUAUGACAAUCACGUAGAGGUCGGUGAGCAAGGAAUUCUUACACCUGAGCGUAUUGCUAGUGAUUCAAAUCAUCAUACUGUGCGGUUGCAUAUGAGUAGACAGAAUUCGAGUUCGUCACGUCUCACACGACCCUGUUUACCGAGGUGGCUGCCUUUGCGGUGGCGAGUAGCCUUCACGAUUCUCGGUGGCAUAGCAGCGACCUAUUUAUUCGGUGAGUGUACU